CAAGAGACGAAGCAAGACGAGCAGCAAGCACGAGACCAGCAGCAGACACGGCCACGGUAGCGCGACGACCAGGGAUGGACCCACCGCAGAAAAACAGCGCCGAGUGGACGAGACGGUGAGUAGAAGGCUUGCGGAUGAUGAUGAUGAUGAUGAUGAUGAAGAUGAUGGUUUCUUCGGACCAGCUCUUCCUCCUGGGUUCUCAAAGUCACAGGCUUCACCAGAGAGGCCAGCUGUAUUGGGCCCAGCCCUGCCACCGGGCUUUCACAGACCAGCAGCUGAUGAAGAUGAUGAUGAUGGAGAUGAUCUCCAUGGGCCAGCCCUGCCACCGGGCUUUCACAGACCAGCAGCUGAUGAAGAUGAUGAUGAUCUCCAUGGGCCAGCCCCUGCCACCGGGCUUUCACAGACCAGCAGCUGAUGAAGAUGAUGAUGAUCUCCAUGGGCCAGCCCUGCCACCCGGCUUUCACAGACCAGCAGCUGAUGAAGAUGAUGAUGGAGAUGAUCUCCAUGGGCCAGCCCUUCCACCGGGCUACACAGCAGAACCCUCCAGCAGUGAUGAAGAGGAGGAGGAGGAGGAUGAAGAGGUGAUCGGGCCCAUGCCUGCUCAAGGUGCCAUCCAGGACUCCGUGGCUCUGGACAUCGAACGCAGAGCUCAGAAGAUGAAGGACAGACUGACGGGAGCAGAUGAUGGUCCGGAGGAGGUGGUGAGAGAGACCUGGAUGACAGAGCUUCCUCCAACACUGCAGCACAUCGGGCUGGGGGCCAGAACCUUCAAGAAGAGGGCUGGACCGGAGAGCAAGGACCGAUCCCUCUGGACCGACACUCCUGCUGACCGAGAACGCAAACUCAGGGAACGACUGGAGGGAAAGAAGAGUGAAGAGAUAGAGUCUGUCCCUCAACUGUCUCACAAAGAGUUGCAGAUGGCUGAGAAAGUGUCCAAAUACAACGAAACCAAGCGUGGGGAGUCUCUGAUCAGCCUCCACGAGAAGCAGUUGAAGAAAAGGAAACUGGAUGAGGGAGCCAAGUCAGUGGAGAGACGGGCGUUUGACAGGGACCAGGACCUGCAGGUCAACAAGUUCGACGAGGCUCAGAAACAACGCCUGCUGAAGAAGUCCCAGGAGCUCAACACGCGCUUCGGACACAGCAAGGAGAAAAUGUUCCUCUGAGAGAAUCAACACA